AUUUCAACAUUUGAAUUACACCAGAACAUACAAAAUUAAUUCUGAAAUUGUUCUUUAUAUGUAACUAAUCGGUGCCAUUCUGCACUUGACACAGUGACAAUCGCAAAUAAAUUGGCUCUGAAGCAUAUUCGAAUAUUAUAUAUGCACGGAUGCACGCACGCAUGCGCAUUUAUGCACGGCCGACAUUUAAACAUAGAUGCGAGUACAUGCUGUUAAGGUUGGCAACCUCUGUUUCAAGUUCAACUUCAUUACUGUAACAACCAUUGCAACGAAUGUGAUUGACUUCGACAAGCAUUGAAACAGAUUUUCAUAAAUUGAACUGAAAACAUUUGGCAAAACUUUGAAAUCCAUUUAAUAUUGUAAGACAUUUUGCUCAGAUAGAAAUUUGCUCUUUUAUGCGUUGUGCCGUUUACCACAAUCAUUAUCAAAAUUUUACAUUUAAGACAAUAUAUUUUUAUAUCAGCAAAAUUGUACUUAAAUCAAAAAUUCUUAGACAAAAUGAUUGGACGUUUAUUUCGAGCACAUGGCGAAUUUUGUGCCUCACAUCCCUGGGAGGUAAUUGUUGCACUACUGACAGUGACAGCAUGUAUGCUGACAGUUGACAAGCAAGCCGGUACCAUCAGCGCCGAGGGUGCGGUGGGUACAACAACAGCAACCACAGCAGCAACAGCCUCAACGAUACAACAACAAAGUGGGACAACGCCCUCGGUCAUAUCUAGUCGACAUCGACCGUGUCACGGCUGGAGCCAGUCAUGUGAUGGCCUGGAGGCUGAGUACAAUGCAGCCGAUGUCAUACUCAUGACAAUUGUGCGUUGCACUGCAGUCCUCUAUUGUUACUAUCAGUUCUGUAGUUUGCAUAAGCUCGGCUCCAAAUACAUAUUGGGAAUUGCUGGACUUUUUACGGUUUUCUCAAGUUUCAUAUUUACAACGACAAUAAUAAAGUUCCUUGGUAGUGAUAUUUCCGACUUAAAAGAUGCUCUAUUCUUUCUUUUAUUACUAAUCGAUCUUUCGAAUUCGGGAAGACUUGCACAGCUCGCGCUGGCUGGCAAUAAUCAAGCGGAAGUAACGCAUAAUAUAGCGCGAGGAUUAGAAGUGCUUGGACCAGCAAUCUCAUUAGAUACUGUAGUCGAAACUUUAGUUAUAGGUGUGGGCACUCUUUCGGGCGUACAGCGUCUGGAAGUUUUAUGCACAUUUGCUGUUAUGUCUGUCUUAGUCAAUUAUAUUGUAUUUAUGACUUUUUAUCCGGCUUGUUUGUCGCUUAUAUUGGAUUUAUCACGAAAUGGUAUGGACAUGACGAUAGUGCGUGCUAAAGAUUCCAUAAUAUUAAAAGCGCUAAAUGAAGAAGGACAAAAAGCGAACCCAGUAGUACAACGGGUUAAAAUAAUCAUGACCACUGGAUUAAUGAUUGUUCACAUAUAUAGCCGUAUGGUAUUUUCCAGUAAUGAUUACGAUGCUGUGGACAAUACAUUAACACCAAAACUCAAUUUAAAUGUAAAUAACAAUCGUACAGAAUCGGGUGAAAUAACCGAUUUAAUUAUCAAAUGGCUUACAAUGAGUGCAGACCAAAUCGUUAUAUUAAUUUUACUUAUCGCCCUGGUUGUUAAGUUCAUAUUCUUUGAGAAUCGUGAUGAAUUACAUAACCAAAUCUUGCAAACAUCACAGAAUCAGCAGGCAAUUGUAUCUGCAACAGAAGUCGAGACAACAACUAACACAAUAUCAUCUACUGAACUUGAGCCAGUAGAAGAUAACACUAAUAUUGAAAUUACUACACCGAAGCGUUUGGCACUAUUCACAAUUGAAGAGCAAACUUCUGCAAAUGUAUCUACACAAACCUACCAUCAAUACAUAUCUCCAGAAUCUACUGAACUACAACUAUCAUCAGUUUGUACGGAGAUGGUCGUGAAAGAACCACCGCGUUCAUUAGAAGAGUGCUUGAAAAUUUUAUAUUCAACUGAACAAAAUGGUGGUGCUUUCAAUUUAAGUGAUGCGGAAAUAACAGAAAUCGUAAAUGCAGGUGGCUUACACUGUCCACUGCACAAAAUAGAAAAGGUAAUCGAUGAUCCCGAACGCGGUGUACGUAUACGUAGACAAAUUAUAGCGGAGCGUGCGAAAAUACCCACCGAUCGUUUAAAUUGCCUACCAUAUCAACAUUUUGACUAUCGUAAAGUGAUGAAUGCUUGCUGUGAAAAUGUGUUGGGUUAUGUACCAAUCCCAGUGGGAUAUGCAGGUCCACUACUAUUGGAUGGAGUUAAAUAUUUUGUACCUAUGGCAACGACAGAAGGUGCAUUGGUUGCCUCUACGAAUCGUGGCUGUAAAGCGCUUUCUAUUCGCGGUGUUACAUCAUGUGUUGAAGACGUGGGUAUGACACGAGCACCUUGUGUCCGUUUUCCUAGCGUUGAGCGUGCGGCAGAAGCAAAUCGUUGGAUAAAUAAUGAACAAAAUUUUAAACGUAUCAAAAGAGAAUUUGAUUCCACCUCCAGUUAUGGUCGUUUAACGGAAUGUUUUGUUGCAAUGGAUGGACGACAAUUGUAUAUACGUUUUGUGGCCCUAACUGGUGAUGCUAUGGGCAUGAAUAUGGUUUCAAAAGGUGCGGAGAAAGCACUGAAAUGUAUAAAAAAUGAAUUUCCAGAUAUGCAAGUAAUAUCGUUAAGCGGUAAUUUUUGUUGUGAUAAAAAGCCAGCGGCAAUCAACUGGAUAAAAGGUCGUGGAAAACGUGUUGUAACAGAAUGCAUUAUAUCUGCACAUACACUGCGUACUAUCUUAAGAACUGACGCUAAAACACUUGUUGAAUGCAAUAAGCUUAAGAACAUGUCUGGUAGCGCAAUUGCCGGAAGUAUUGGUGGUAACAAUGCACAUGCGGCCAAUAUGGUUACUGCUGUUUUCUUAGCAACUGGACAAGAUCCUGCACAAAACGUCACCUCGAGUAACUGUUCGACUGGCAUGGAAUGCUAUGGGGAAAACAGUGAAGAUUUGUAUAUGACAUGCACUAUGCCUUCACUGGAAGUAGGUACUGUUGGUGGUGGCACAGUAUUACCUGGUCAAAGUGCAUGUUUAGAUAUGCUUGGUGUACGUGGUGCAAGUCAAAACUGUCCGGGCGAUAAUGCAAAAAAAUUGGCACAAAUUGUUUGCGCUACAGUAAUGGCUGGCGAGUUGAGUUUGAUGGCAGCACUUGUUAAAAAUGAUCUAGUUGAAAGCCAUAUGAGACAUAAUAGAUCUUCCACUGCUGUUAACAGCAAAAUAAAUCCACUAAAUGUUACAGUUUCCAGUUGCAGUAAUAUAAGUUAAUUAUAGAAACAUUGCUUUAUGAGUAAAAUUGUGAACAAUUUUAUAUUGUUGAAAAAUUUAACAAUUUUUUAUGUCAUUAUUUAGUUGCCAAAGUAGACUUACAAUUAUUCAAAAACCCUAAAACUCUCAUUAUUAUAAUUAAUGCUUUGAGUAUAAGUUAAAAACCAUAUGGCAGGCAAAUAAU